AUGGCGGAGAUGAUCGCCGUAUCCCUCUCGGCGAAGGCGGCCGCGUCCUUGUCCGAGCCGGCAGCCGUGGAGCUGUCCUCCCUCUUCGCCAUUCGCUCCGGGGUCGCCGCCGCCGUGCGCGAGCUCGAGCUCCUCCGUGCCUUCCUCCGCUUCGCCGAUUCUCGCCGCGGCACCAACGAUCUCGCCGUCGCCUGGAUCAAUCAGGUUCGCAACGCUGCCUUCGAGCUCGAGGACGUCGUGGACGAGCACUCCUACCUAUCCGGCCGAGGCUUCAUCCGCAGCUGCGCCAAUUUAGGCGCCUGGUUCGCGCUCUCUAGGCGACUGCAGAAGGCGCGGGACAGACUCCGCGAACUGUCGGCCGCCAAGGAGCAAUACGGCAUCUUGCCGGCGAUUUCCUCCGCGGACGCGGAGAGAUCGUAUGCAGUUGGCGGCAGCGCGAGCUUCAUCAGCCGGAAGGUAGCAGAUACGGCGCACUUUCUCGGAGAAGAGGAUAUAGUUGGCUUUGCGGCGCAGAGGAGCUUACUGAUGGAAUGGCUGACCGAGGACAUGGAGCCCCGGCGGACGCUGGUCACCGUCUUGGGGAUGGGUGGUGUUGGCAAGACCACUCUAGUGACCAACGUCUUCAGGGAAGUUGCCGCUAGCUUCCACUUCGAUUGCGCCGCAUGGGUGUCCGUCUCCAAGAACUUCACGAGGGAGAACCUCUUGAAGAGAGUCUUGAAAGAACUUCAGCGGGACGUUCGCGCCGGCGUGCCAAAGGACGUUGAAGAGACGAGUUACCGAUCGCUGGUGGAGGCUUUGCAAGGCAUUUUGUCCAAGAAAAGGUACUUGGUGUUGCUGGAUGACGUCUGGGACGCGGCUGCAUGGUAUGAGAUCCGCAGUGCAUUUGUUGACGAUGGAACCCGGAGCCGGAUAAUCAUCACUACACGCAGUCAAGACGUGGCUAAUCUGGCAAAAUCCACCAGGACCAUCCUGCUGAAGCCGCUUCCUGAGAAGGAAGCGUGGUGCUUAUUUUAUAAUACAACAUUCAGGGAGGAUGCUGAUCGAGAGUGCCCUCAGCAUUUGGAGCACUGGGCUUUGGAGAUACUGAACAAAUGUAGUGGUCUACCAUUGGCGAUUGUGUCAGUUGGCAAUGUCCUUGCUUUGAAGGAGAAAAGUGAGUUUGCUUGGAAGAGCGUCCAUGACAGUCUUGUGUGGGAUGAAAGCACUGAUCAUGGAAUUGGGCAAGUGUCAAGCAUACUGAAUCUGAGUAUUGAUGAUCUACCAUACCAUCUAAAGAGAUGUUUUCUUUAUUGUAGUAUAUACCCAGAGGAUUUCUUUGUCAAAAGGAAGAUUUUGAUAAGGAAGUGGAUUGCUGAAGGCUUUGUUGAGGAAAAAAACCAUGCCACAAUGGAGGAUGUCGCUGAUGAUUACCUGAACCAGCUAGUGCAACGAAGCCUGCUGCAGGUCGUGAAGAAAAAUGAGUUUGGACGCGCCAAGCGGUUCCAAAUACAUGAUUUGAUCAGAGAGUUGAUUCUGAGUAGGUCGGCAAAGGAGGGACACUUCGUAUUCUCAAAGUGCACACCAACAUUUGAGUCAAACAGUAAUUUCCGUCAUCUCAUAAUUGAUCGAUGCGGAAGUAGUGACCUUCCAGCUCCACAGAUGGCAUCACUUCGGUCCCUCCAUGGAUUCAAAGCAGAAUUGAAUGCUUCACUGCUGUCUCGCUUCAGAUUACUAACAGUUCUAAACUUAUGGUACGUUCCAAUAGAUAAGCUGCCUAGUGCAGUGACCAAUCUCCUCAAUCUGCGCUAUAUUGGCAUCCGUUCCACUUUAAUCAAAGAGCUACCACAUGAAUUGGGACGAUUACAUAAGCUGCAAACUUUAGAUGCCAAGUGGUCCAUGGUCCAGAGGUUUCCGUAUCCUGGUAAAGCAGUUGUUCUUCCAGGUGGGAUGGGAAAUCUGACCUGUCUGCAGACUCUGAAAUACAUCGAAGCUAAUGAGGAAAUGGUCAGAUCCUUAGGAAGCUUGAAACAGUUGAGGACCUUAGAACUAUGUGGUGUGCAUGAGGGCAAUCUUAUUCAUUUGCCAUCAGCCAUCUCUAAAAUGAGCUACCUUCUAUGCCUUAGAAUUGUAGGUCGGGAUGCUGAUGUACAACUGGACCUCCAGUCAUUUUCACCACCACCAUUGAAGCUACAAAAAUUCACCCUAGCAGGGAGGUUAAUAGGGAAUAAGUUACCUUCAUGGUUUGGUCACCUUAGUGGCCUGAUGCAGCUGCAGUUGCAUUCUUCUAAACUUAAGGAAGAUUCAAUUGGAUUGCUGUCAUCACUUCCUAGGUUGUUUGAUCUUAGCCUCGUGGAUGCAUAUGAAGAGAAGAGCUUGAUCUUUGCAGCGGGUGUUUUUCCUGUACUACGAAAACUAAGGUUAGAUGACUUAGCUAACCUUUCUCACCUAGAUUUUCAACAGGGGAGCCUUGUAAAUCUAGAUAAAUUGAUGCUUAGCCACUGUUUUGAACUAACUAAAAUAUCCCAAGGCAUUGAGAACCUUGUGCAUCUCAAGAACCUGGAGCUUUCUGAUAUGCCAAUUGAGCUUACAGAUAAGAUACAGGAGGGGCAAGAAUCAGAGGGAAAACAUCAAGAUGCUUUGCACACGACAAUUGUCAAGGUCCUCCAUAUGCAUAAUGGGCGGUUGUUGGAGAAAAAAGUUCACAUCAACUUGUGCGCUUUACAAAAAUAG